UUUUUCACUUCCAAAGGCAUAAACCCUACAAUCCGUCCGUCUCCGCCGCGUCCGCCGUAACAUCUAACAAUGAAACUCUCAACUCUCUCUCUCCGCCAUAACCAAUUCCUCUCCGGCGCCGGCGCCGGCGCCACCAUCCAUCACCCCUCCACCACCUCCCGAACUCCGCCCUCCCGGGUCCGUAUGUCCCUUCGCGAAGACGCCCCUUCCGUCGCCAUUGUCGGAGUGACUGGCGCCGUAGGCCAAGAGUUCCUCUCCGUUCUCUCCGACCGCGACUUCCCUUACCGUUCCCUCAAGCUCCUAGCCAGCAAACGCUCCGCUGGCAGGAACCUCAUCUUCGAGGGCAAGCAAUACACCGUUGAGGAGCUCACGGAUGAUAGCUUUGAAGGAGUAGACAUUGCGUUAUUCAGCGCCGGUGGAUCUAUUAGCAAGAAGUUUGGGCCGGUAGCGGUCCAGAAGGGGACCGUUGUUGUAGAUAAUAGCUCUGCUUUUCGUAUGGACGAGGGAGUGCCGCUCGUGAUCCCGGAGGUCAAUCCCGAGGCAAUGGCGCAUAUCAAGCUCGGUUCUGGAAAGGGAGCGCUUAUUGCCAACCCCAAUUGCUCCACUAUUAUUUGCUUAAUGGCUGCCACCCCGCUUCAUCGCCGCGCUAAGGUUAAGAGGAUGGUUGUUAGUACGUACCAGGCUGCUAGUGGUGCUGGAGCUGCAGCCAUGGAAGAGCUUGUUCAGCAGACUCGUGAGGUAUUAGAUGGGAAAGAACCAACUUGUAACAUCUUCACACAGCAGUAUGCUUUCAAUCUGUUCUCGCAUAAUGCACCUGUUCAAUCAAAUGGGUAUAAUGAAGAGGAGAUGAAAUUGGUGAAAGAGACAAGGAAGAUAUGGAAUGAUGGAGAGGUUAAAGUCACAGCAACGUGUAUUAGAGUUCCUGUUAUGCGUGCACAUGCAGAGAGUGUGAAUCUUCAAUUUGAGAAUCCUCUUGACGAGGAGACGGCAAGGGAAAUUCUGUCGAGGGCACCCGGUGUAGUGGUGGUUGAUGAUCGAGCUGCCAAUAGGUUUCCCACCCCAUUGGAAGUGUCUAACAAAGAUGAUGUUGCAGUUGGGAGGAUACGCCGCGAUGUUUCCCAAGACGGUGACUAUGGGUUGGACAUCUUUGUUUGUGGCGACCAAAUUCGCAAAGGAGCUGCCCUUAAUGCUGUGCAAAUUGCAGAGAAGCUGCUAUAAGGAAGUUGAGAACGGAAUAGCAUCAAGGAAUUUUUCCCUUACAAGGCCAGUGUUGAGUUCACGGAUGGAUGGAUGGCCGCCCAUAUUUCUUUGCGUGUAAAACUUACCAUUAGCUUGAGCCUUGAAGAUUAGAUUGUCCUUAUAUUUUAUCCAAAGUAGGAUUUGUUGUGUAUUGCAAAAAUUUUGAGAUAGCUUUCUUAUCCCGGAGCAUUUUGUUUC